UUCAAAGUCAGAUUAAGAUUUUCAACAACAAGUUUUUAUCUUUUUUAUUGUGAAAAUUGUUUUGCCGAUCUGGUAGCGCUGUUUUCAGAGUAACUAUCGAUAGCCCCGCUCAUCGACUUGAUAGCUGAUUUAAGGUUAUACCUGCGCUGCCGUUUCUGAAUUCUGUUCACGGUCGACAUUACAUAACUAUCCUGCGCAAAGAUGUCGCAAGCUCCAGUUCGUGUUUCUCCACUGAUCAAGUUCGGCAGAUGGUCCCUGCUCCUGGUGGGCAUCGCCUACGGUGCCGCUCAUCAGAGCCGCCUGUCCAAGAAGGAAGAGAAGGUGCGCGAAAUCGAGGCCCAGCAGAAGAUUGUCCGUGAUGCGAAGUUAGCCGAGGAGAAGAAGCGUAGCGCCGAGGCAGAGGCCCGUGCUCUGGCCGAGCUCUCCAAGCCUACCCCCAAGCACUAGGAUUCUUUAGUUUAACAACUACACUUAAACCACGCUAAAUUUGUCUGAGAUGAGGAGGAGGCAGAGGUGCAACCACUGAACAGUAAAACUUUCAAUCCUUUCUGUGUUUCUUGCUCUGAUUUUUGUGCAGAAUAAUAAUGUAUGCAAUUAAAUGAUUGAAUCGAAA